AUGGCACCAACUCUCGAAUUCGCAUUCACCCUCGAAGUAGACCUCUCUCCAGCUCUCGAGUUCGGCGAUACUCCCGCUGGCUCCAGAAGAUUUAUCCCGAUCACAGGGGGAACUGUCGAGGGCCCCAAGCUAAAGGCAGAGAUUCUUCCCGGUGGAGGAGACUGGAAUGUUCUUCGCGAAGAUGGCAUCGGACAUCUGUACGCCAAAUAUACAAUCAAAGCUGAAGAUGGAACUCUUAUCAGUGUCACCAAUGAAGGAUGGGUGAGAAAAUAUCGGAAAGAGGCUAGUGAGGGUGAUAGUGCCGGGGAUGCUGGGAAACGCAGGGUGCUAGAGGAGAACUGGUAUGCGAAGACGAAUCCUCGAUUUGAGGUUCAGGAUGGAGCUCAUGGGUGGUUAAAUCGCACUCUUUUUGUGGGGGAGCUUCGUAAACCCCAUAUUCCGAAUCAUGUUACUAUUGAUGUCUGGUCUGUUGAGUGA